AUGGAGAGGGCGUGCGAGCGUGCGCGACAGGGCGACCUGCAGUACUUCCAGAACCUUCCGCCCGACGAGGUCUCUCGCCUGGUGGCGGCAUCGGACGAGGACGGGCGGUCGCUGCUGCACGCGGCCGUUUCCGCCGGCCGGCUGGGGAUGGUGCAGGAGCUGGUGGCGCGGGGCGCGCGGGAGAGCGUCAACCGCCAGGAUGAUGAGGGAUGGGCACCACUGCACACAGCUGUCAGCAUCAACAAUGUCCCGCUGGUGGAGUACUUGCUAGAGAUGGGCGCAACAGUGGAUGUGAAAAAUGCAGGGAAGCGGGAGCCUAUCCACUAUGCGGCCAGCAAGGGUGGCCGUGAGCUGGUGGAUGUGCUCCUGGCUAAUGGCGCCACUGUGAAUGUGCAAGAUGCCACUGGCAGCACACCGCUACAUCGCGCAGCAAGCGCUGGACGGCUGAAGGCCGCCCAAGCGCUCGUGGAGAAGGGCGCCCUGAUCGAUGCCCGAGAUCGCACAGGAGCUACCCCCCUGUUCGUUGCUGUGACGUGCCAAAACGACAGCAUCGCACUCUACCUGGCUGCACAAGGCGCUGACCUUGAGGCCGAGACAAAAGAUAAGCAGACCCCGCUGGGCUCUGCUGGCAAGUUGGCUCAAGUGCUGAGAGCUGCUGCCAAUGGUGACAUCGAUGUCGACGACCUUUGA